CAAGUGUGGCUGAGGCGAGCUAUUUAUCUUGGCGCAACACCCACUUUUAACGUCGAACCUUACCUAGGUUAGUUAUAAUAUCAUGUGACGACUUCCUCCUCGCCAGGAGUUCCAAGGUUGUGUCCUGUCCCCAAACUUCUUCAACGACGGGCGACCUAAUCUCCAUCCACUCUCGCGCUGUCCUGCGCUGUUUUAUUGAUUUUCGCUCUGCUUCAUCUUAAAUCCUUUAUCAAUCAAUUUACUGUCUUUGCAAACCCAUUAUCUGCCGGCCCUCUCGAUGAGUGGCCUCCUCGCGUGGCCAACGACCUAGUGGAUUGGUCCAAUUCCGCGUCGCCGCAACCACUACCAUCAUGCGUCCUCCUCGCCUUAUUCUUCUACUCGCGUGCUUUAUUUUCCUCCCAAUCCUUCUGACCAUCUUGUCGCUCCUUUCCACUCAUCCGCAGCAACAUGGCUCUACCUCCCAAUCCUCGGUUUCUGGCGGAGUCGGGCGCCUCAGAGCCUUCUUUUCUUUCCAUGCGCCUUCCUCCCUCUUCCCUCCUUCUGCGAUGAUAAGCCUUACCGAUGAUAAUUCAACAUUCUUCCUAGCUCGACCAGCUGCGUUUGGGCCUUCCUUGCCUUCCAACGGAUUGAGCGGUCAACUCUGGAUUGGAAGCGGCUUUGGCGAUGAUGCCCUGCGAAAAGGGGGUGUAAGCACCGGGGCUGAGGGAGAGCUUGGUUGCUCCGAUGUUCCAGGAUGGGAGGACACUGAUAAAAAUCAGAAUGGUGAUGUUGGGUCCGGCCAGGGAACUGCAAAGCUUACUACUGGCAUCAAAGUGAAAAGCAACGCCCAUCAGGGUGUGGAGGCCCUUCAUAAACGACGUGACGAACACUCCCCCGAUCUCGUUAGACUUGUUGAUAAAGGGGGCCAUCCGUCAAAAGAUGAUGGAACGGAUGAUCACUUGCAUCAUCCUCUUCCGGAGUCCGGCCCGCCCGGCCCCCCAAGCACUGACAAAAGCAAAGAGUUAGCACAUGCUGAUAUCCAAUCUUUGCAAGAGAGCGCGGAAAUUAGAGGCAAAAUUGUCUUGCUGAGUAGAGGGGGUUGUGGUUUUUUGGAAAAAGUUAAAUGGGCUCAACGCAGGGGUGGUAUAGCGUUAGUUGUUGGAGAUCAUACCAGAGGUGGCGGAUUAGUGACCAUGUAUGCCCGUGGAGACACUUCUAACAUAACAAUUCCGGCGGUCUUUACAUCUCAUACCACCGCGCAUCUCCUUUCCUCCCUCAUUCCGCCCGAAACACAAUCCGACUCCAACUCCCCUAAGGACCCAUCGAAAACAACUUCUGGGGAUAAACCGGAAAAUAAUGCAAAUUUUGGCAAACCUGUAAUGGCUACGCAGGUUACCCCAAAGCCAACUUCAGAGGCGGAUUCGACGUCCUCUCGACUUAACAAAAGUUUCUUGCAGUCUCUAUUCUCGGCCAUCGGACUGGGUCGUGAUAAUCCAUACCCUUGGCAUCUCCAGGAGGAUAGCCGUCGUCCACCAAGCAGCGGAAACAUUGACUGGGUUAUGCUGGAUGAAUUUGAUGACGAAGAAACGUCUCCAAAGUCAAGGAAGUCUACACAUAAGAAUAAGGGGAAGGAAAUCGGGGAUGGCACGUCGCCUGAAUCCCACCAAGGCAGCAGUGAUGAUUUCGUUAUUGGGGUCCAAGAUUGGCGAGAUCCUGAUCUCGUCCCAGUAGGCAAAACUAACAACCCUCCGCAAACUACUCCGAAACCAAAAUCCUCCGGCUCCAAACAGAACGAUGAUCAAACUGGAGGGCACGGUGGCGAUAGCAACAAUGGCCCUAGUGGUAACGGUCUUAAAGGAGGAAGUAUUACUCCAGGUAGUGGCGAAUAUGCUCCCCAGGAUAAGUCAACAAUUGGUAAGGGAGUUGGGGGUAGUUCUAAUCCUAAUUCAGCUUCGGAUUCACGGCCUGGAAGCUCGAAACAGAAUUCGCAUUGGUGGUCUGGCUCGUUUGGUUGGGGAGGAGCAAGCAAUGAUGAUAAGUCGUCGACCUCGCCAUCCGGUAAGAGUGCAGGACAAAGUAACAAGAACGUUCACGGAAACUCGACUCCCUUGCAAAAGCCUUGGAAAGAAGGCAGUAAGCACUCUGAUCACGAAGGUCUUUGGGUCACCUUGACCCCAACGAGCAUGUCUACCAGCCCUUUUUUCGAUACACUUUUGGUUCUAGUUGUCAGCCCAUUGAUAACCCUCACGGUUGUGUAUGCAUUACUAUUGCUUCGCUCGAGAAUUCGACGCCGCCGUUGGCGCGCACCUAAAGCUGUCGUCGACCGCCUCCCUGUUAGAACGUAUCAUUCUAUUCCAUCCGCAUCAUCUUCUUCAGGCACCGCCCAGACUGCCACCUCCCCCGAAGCAUCGUCCCCAUCUUCUCCUCUCCUAUCCCAUUCCCGCGCUCGAUCUCCACCCCCCCGACCGUGUUCUCAAACUUCAUCUGGCGUCGUAGCCGCUUCACCACAUGACACCACGCAUAGCUCCUCAUCAACAAACGCUGAAAAAUCGAACUCUGAUUCAAGUCUUGCUCGUCGAAGGUAUACGGGCAGACAAAUUGAAUGUGUUGUCUGUCUCGAAGAAUAUAUCGAUGGGCAGAGCAGAGUGAUGAGCCUCCCGUGUGGGCAUGAAUUCCACGCAGAGUGCAUAACUCCUUGGCUCAUUACACGUCGACGCACCUGUCCGAUAUGUAAAGGCGAUGUUGUGCGAUCGAUGGGUGGUCGAUCCUCUAGUGGUCAGACGUCGGAAGAUCCCGACCGGAUGUCAGAAGAUAUUCAAGCCCAUAUUGCUGAAACGCGGAACGAUUCUCCAUCGGCAGCUGAUCUUCUACCUAAUGUCUCUGACGAUAUCGAUUCCGACCUAGAGCGCGGGGAUGAUUCCAGGACAUCACUACUUCACCCCUCGGAGAGCUCUAAUUCCCAGUCUAAUUGGAGAAAUCUCGCAUCCCUAAGCCUUUCUGCCUUGAGUGGCGAUUCAGUGUGGCAUCAAUCCCGAACCCCUCGGUCUGAUCGGAACCGUUAAUGUCGAACUUUGCUCUCGAACUUUCUUCUUUACCACUAUUUUUUUAAUACUACGAAGCAUUCCACUCCGUAUCCCAUUCACCUUCUAGGCAUAUUUUUCUUUUCCCUUUGUAUCUUUGGUUUAGCGAACGUGGGGAUUUUAUUUGAUCGCUGGGCACUUUGGCGUUUUAGGUGUGAUUAAUUAUUGCUAAUCAAAACAAAAAUAAAACAACUGACAUUAGCCUUGCGGUCCAACACGAGUUUUCGGAUGUUUGAGUCAAAUUACUUUGUUGUCAAUUUGCAAAGACUUUCCUUACAGAAUUGAGUUAAUCCGGUUUCGAAAAUGGAAGAGAACAAGUUGAUGAAGAGAAGAGGGCUGAAGGCCUUGAUUGUUCACUGGCUCAAGCCAUCAUUGCACAGGUGUAUAUAACUUUUCUUAGCUUUUAAUACAUCCUGCUUUGAAGGGAAAAAAGAGAAAAAAAAGAAAAAAAAAAGAUUUCGUCUUCUACAUCGUGUUGGCUUGACUUAAACCUAAUUGUAUACAGACUGUAUACCUGAGUAUUUACUACUAUGUUGAUGUCAGGUUACAGAUGAACAUGGUGCUAAAAAACCUAGACAUGAUGCUAAAUUUUUGACUCACUUUUUUGACACUAUGUUCAGCUUUGAAAUCAUGCUGUUUCUCAAUGCUAGAACUAUAACUAUACCAGACACAUGAUCAACUUUGAUACUCUUUUCCACAUAUAUAAUUAGACUGGCCAGCAGAAUCAUGAAUUUCAUGUUUGAUCUUAUUUAAUCUGAUCUCAUACAUUUCUUGAUGUGAG